AUGUACCUGUACCUUGAUACAACAGCGACUCCAAACCUCUUCCAUCGCGGCGCUCAGGGACAAAUCGAACCAACCAACUGCUUCGGAAACCAGCAAACUUUCCUGAAACUAGCCAUAUUUUCCAUCCAAACUUUUAUCAUGGUCUCCCUAUCCGAUCUCCUACCCCCUGGGGACGGGAUUCUUCCAUACUACAUGGUCCUCCUGUCCCUCAUCUCCGUGGGGAACUCCGCGCAAGCCUUCCUCACCCUGCACUUCACCCGGCGCGUCUACAAUGCCCGCUUCGUCGCCAACACGAACCUCCCCCCCAAGACGGCCAAGUUCGACCCGGAGGACUCGACCAAGAAGCUCGUGCCCGCGAGCACGGCGGCCGCCUCGAGCAACUGCGUCGACCAGGUCACCCCGCUCGCGGGGCGGCUGUUUGGCACAUGGACCCUCAUCACGAGCAUCGUUCGCAUGUACGCCGCCUACCAUCUCCAGCACGGCCACAUGUUCGAUCUUGCCUGGUGGACAUAUGUCGUUGCAUUCAGCCACUUCUCCAGCGAGAUGUUCAUCUUCAAGAGCAUGACCUUCGGCAAACCCCAGAUCGGGCCUUUCGUCUUCGCUUCGCUCGCUCUGAUCUGGAUGCCCUUGACCAGGAGCUACUAUGUUGUGUCUCCGUAA